GCGGCAGCAGCAGCAGGCAGACACCGCAGUCAGAGACAGCAGAUACAACAACAGCAGUCACACCAGAAGACACAGCAGCAGGCAGACACCGCAGUCAGGCACAUCAACAGUCAGACACAGCAGCAGUCAGACACAGAAGCAGUCAAGACACAGCAGCAGUCAGACACAGAAGCAGUCAAGACAGCAGCAGGCAGACACCGCAGUCAGGCACAUCAACAGUCAGACAGAAACAGAAGCAGUCAAGACAGCAGCAGUCACACAGACAGAUACAACAGCAGCAGGCAGAUACAACAUCAGAAGACACAGCAACAGUCAGACACCGCAGAAGCAGUCAAGACACAUCAGUAGGAGUCAGACACAGCAGCAGGCAGACACAUCAGUAGGAGUCAGACACAGCAGCAGGCAGACACAACAGCAGCAAGCAGACACAACAACAGCAGGCAGACAGAAGCAGUCACACCAGUAGACACAACACCAGUAGACACACGGUCCCCUCGCUCAUCCAGACGAGUCGGUGCGCGACAACUCAAAACAGCUCCUCAUCCUCCAUCACCACCAACAACAACAACUCAUCCUCCACCACCACCACCACCAACAACAACAACAACUCAUUGUCCACCACCACCACCGUGACCACCACCACCGUGACCACCAUGGUGGUGCAGGCUCUGGCCUCUCGCCUGCUGGGGUUGACUGCCCUGAGGGCGCUCGGCCCCAGGGCCCCAGGGGCCCCAAGGGCCCCAGGGACCCCGUGCCGCCGGGCGACCCCUUCGCGUGCGUGCAGCCUCCUGUGUCCGGGCAGGAUCUUCACUAAAGAGGACUGGGAUACGAAGCACAGCACCAUCAGCGGGCGGCGCCAAUCGCCCAUCGACAUCCAGCCGGCCGAGGGCAUGUUCGACUCGGGUUUGGGGCCGCUGCACACGCACUACCACCGCUCGGGCCCCAUGCUGCUCUACAACAACGGCUACUCCUUCCUCGCGGAGUACCCCGACGAGUGCAGCGCCAACGUGCUGGGCGGGGGUCCGCUGCAAGGACGCUACCGGCUCAAGCAGUUCCACUUCCACUGGGGUGCGAGCGACGAGCGCGGCUCCGAGCACCGCGUCAACGGCAGCGCCUUCCCCGCCGAGCUGCACCUGGUCCACUGGCACGAGAGCUGCGGGAGCUUCAACGAGGCGCUCGUCUCCAAGAAAGGGCUCGCCGUGCUCGGCGUCUUUGUGGAGGUCGGGGAGAUGCAUACCCGUCUGCAGGAACUGGUCGAAGCUCUGCCCAGCAUCACCCACAAGGGCAUGAUGCACGAGGUGGGGGCAUUCGACCCCUCGGAACUACUGCCCCCGUGCCUCGACUUCUGGACGUACCCGGGCUCGCUGACUACGCCGCCGCCCUACGAGACGGUCACCUGGUUCAUCCUCAAGCAGUCCAUGUCCAUCAGCGACGAGCAGCUGGCGUCGUUCCGCAGGCUGUAUGUGUCUGCGGCGGGCGAGCGCGCCGUGCGAAUGGUGGACAACUUCCGCAUGCCGCAGCCCAUCAUGGACCGCAGCGUGCGCAGCUCCUUCCCCGUGCCCAUCGAGCUCCAGGACGCGGCUCCAGCCACCGCGGCUCCAGCACGCAGCUGAGGGCGGCCUUCCUCCUCCAGCAGCAGCUGGCUCCAAUCUCCCCCUCCACAGCAGCCCCCCCACUCCCGACCGCUCCUCCACAACCACCCCCCUCUGCAGCCUCCAUCCUCCCGUGACAAGUCCUGUCCCGUGUCCCGAUCCCUUUCCUCACGCCCUUGGCCGGGCCGGCCGACCGCUGGGUUGCACUUCGCGACGCCGGCCUCGGUGUUUACAUGACGUCGCCGCCCGCCCGCCCGUGCCCGUCCUUGCCCGUCCUUGCCCGUCCUUGCCAGCCGUGGCCAGCCAGUGCCCAGCCGUGCCGGCUCAAGCCGGCCCCCGUGCCCACCCGUGCCGGCCCGUGCCUUCCAGCCUCUCGGCUCCACGCGACCGCGAGGCCACGGUGCCGCAAGCCGCCAGUGCCGGACGAACUCGAGUUGCCAAACAGCACAAACGCGGCAGCUUUGAGCGCGGCGCCUUUGCGGCGGCCCGCGCCGCGUACAGCCGCGUGUGUCCAUGCCUUUGUCACGUGACGGUACCGUGAAGUGUCCACGCGACGUUCACGUUGCGUGUUCCAUGCUGUUUUCCAUCCUGUUUGGUCGUGUCAAUGCUGUGCUCAUACUCCUCGUGUGUUUAUGCAGUGUGUCUCACGUGCUUCGGCCUUGUUUAUGCCAUGCUUCGGUGCCUGUUUCUGUGCCCGUUUGUCAGCGACGAUCUCCCAAAAGGUUCAAAGGUGAAAACGCUCACAUUCCAACCCCCUCCUCCCCUCCCAAGCGGUCGCACGGCAUUGUCAAAAAAAAUCACGGGGUCACUUCUUGGGGUCGCAUCACCGUGGGUGUGGGAUUUGUCGUCGAGGCGGCCACGUGUCUGCCUUGACCACAGUAGCCGGCUUCUGUUACAGACGUUUGUCAUUUAAAAAUGCGAGGAUUGACGUGGGCUUUGGUCGGGGUGCGGUGGAAUUAAUCGUUCGUGCCAUUGCAGCUAUGAACCCAGAAUGCCUGUGUUGGAUUCUGGGCCAUGGGUAACAUCGGUGGAGUGUGGUGAAUGCGUGUGUGUGUGUAUGUUGAACUUCUUUUGCACAGCACGUAGCCAACUAAUCGAAGGUGCAGAGGGGAUGACAACAAACUAAAAGCAAUACAUUUAAUCUAAAGAAAUUAGUUUUCAAAAAUGAACCGAUCCUGGGCACCACCACCACCACCCGUUAACCCACUGACCAGUGUGGUGAAGUAUGGUCAAAAGACCCCCAUGACCAACACGACGUGUGAAGGCCUCGACCAAGCAUCGGAUUGACAAACUGUACAUUGAGUAUUAAGAUGGGUUUAAGAUUGUUUUAAAAUGAACUGACCCUGGAUUAAGAGGGUGGUUACUACUAAGGUUGAUUUCGCUGUGCUGAUGUGCAAUAAUUUUACGUGGAAUUUCACUGCAAACCGUGACCGUUUUAUUGUCCGCUUUUCUCGCUUUAUUUUUUUUUAACACAUGGUUUUAAACACAAGAAAUUUCGCGAACAGUGGAUUUGCACAAAAUAAAUCCCAGCGGAAGCGUC